AUGUUCAAGAAUAGUUUUUUGAAUUUGUUCAUAUUUGGCAUAUUAGCCAUUGCUGUGGCCCAGGACGACUACAAUUUGGCCAAUACGAUUUUAAGCUCGGUGGCAUCGAUUCAAUACGAUCCUGCGAAGAGUGCUCAAUGUUUUUCGGUUUAUUUGCCAAAGCUAAAUGACAUAACAAAUGAAUAUGAAUCGCAAUAUCAGACAUGUUUAGAGAAAAGUAUCAAUUCAAAGGAUGAUGUAAGACAAGCAGUAGCUCAUGCUGCAGAUUCGCUCAAUAAUUCUGUUGAUCAAAUUUGCUCUGCUUUUGCUAAUUGUGAAUUUGGAGACGAUCCUUCGGCCUAUUUUGAAUGUAGCAAUGAUGCGGCUGGCAGAGCAACAUCUCAGGCAUAUAGCAUUCAAACUCUAUCCCAAGAUCGCGUUCAAUAUAUCAAAUUGAAAUAUGAGACAAUACAGUACAAUCAAAAUGUUUGCGCAGCCAAGGCAUCUGAUGUAUAUGCCAAGGAUACGGCCAGCGUACAUGCCAAAUUGCAGGAUUGUUUGGCUGGUAAGGAAACUGAGGAAUCAGCAACCGAGUACUAA